AUGAUGAACGCACCAACAAAAAAGAGAAAAAUUAUCAAUGAAGACACUUCUUCAAAGAAUGAUGGAAUGGAGUUCUCAAAUCAUAAUGAUAGCAAUACCUCUUCUUUCAUUCAAAGUGGUACAAAUGACGACGAGGAAGAUUGGAAACGAGCUGUUUUAAAUUUGAAUGAACUUUUACUUUGGAUAGAUCGGGCGUUGGAUGAUGAACAAACACCAUUCGAGCUGGAAAUUCCGAAUGAAAAUUAUUAUUAUCAAUUAAACAAUAAUGAAAAUGAUCAAGAUGUGAGAAAUUUCAUGAGAAAAGAUCAUGAUGAUACAAUCUUGAAGAACUUCUUUCAAGAUGGAGAGGCUAUAUUGAAAACCAUUCAACAACAUGAAAAGUUGCGCCAAAAGAAAUUAUCGGAAAUUGUUUUCAGAGUGCUGAUCCCUAUUCUCUCGAGUCCGAUUGUGUUGGAUGCGAAUAUUCAUUCAGGCAUCAUCAUUCCUUUCUCGGAACAUGAUUUUCAAUCGGAACCAUUGAUGUCUCCGUGGCUUCAUCUUUCUCGAGAACGCCUCAUUAUUUUCCUUAGUCAAAAGUGUUUAUUCAGUUUGUGGAAACUGGAAACCUCUGAAACAACCAAACAAUUCAUGAUUCAAACCGUGAUGAAAGACAUUUCAGAAAAUCUGCAACCAAAAAUUCUCGAAAUAUACAGCAAGUUGGAUCCCAAUACAGAACCAUUACUGUUUUUAAGAAAUUGCAUCAAAUGCAUUAGAAAAGACAAUCUCACUGAGGAAUUUAUUUCUACUAUUUUCAAGUUAUUUUCUAAAUUUAUUGAGCUCACAUGUUUACAUAUAGGAGAUCAAGAUUUACCAUUUACAUUACUGUUCAUCAUGAAUGAUUUAUUGUACAAUUAUUUGAAAUUUUGGAUUGCUCAAAAUCAUACGAGUGGUGAGGAUUUUCGUUGCAUUUCAUCGAUUAGCAAUUUUGUCAAGUUGCAACUGACAAAAUACGACACGAUGGAUGUUAAUUGUAAGAAACUCUUUUCCAUCAUGCGAACAAUCAUUAACAUCCAAAAUUGUAUACAAAUGGUGCCGACUUUACUUGAAACAUGUUCAUUCAUUCUUGAGAACUAUUUGAGAAGGAUCAUACUCGUGGAUCCAAACUCGUCUCAAACUCUCGUGUCAGAAACAAUGGAUUUUAUUGUAGCUAGGGAAUACUUUUUAUUGGCCUUGAGAACUUUUGAAAUUUGUUCAAGUGAUGAGAGUGCUCGCAAACUUGUGGAAUCUUUCAUUUCAAGAAAUGAACAAAUCAUGUCACGACUUUUAAACACAUGUUCCGUUUCGGAUUUUUAUUCGUACAUUUAUGCCAUUGGAGUCUCUCAUGAUGUACAGUUAUUGAUUAUAUUCAAUUCAUUGUUGGAUAUUUUCAAAGUAUGGUCGUCAAAGUAUGACAAUCAAAGCUCGAAUGAAGUCCUUCAACAAUUUAUUCAAGAAAAAUUACAUCCUUUGGAAGUCAUGUUUCAAUUUAUUGGAAUUCUUUCAUUCAAGAUCAAUGUCAUGAUGGAUUAUCUGAUUUCGGAUGAAACAUGUGAAAAUGCUUUAAAAUUACUGUUCAAAUUUUCCAAAUGGACCAAGAUGAAUGAUUCGAAAAAAAAAGUUGACUCUAAUCCUCCUUGCACACAAAAUGCAGUGAAAGAAAAACUGACAAUCAUUUCUCAGUUUUUACAAGAAUUGAAUGAACAAAUUUUCUCGUUGGAACAAAAGAAUCUCUUUCCUUACUCCACACAAGUGUUGCAAGAACGACUGAAAGCAACCAUUGAGUCAUUGUCUCGCAUCAAGAACCAUCUCUACUGA